AUGAUCCAUUCUACAUAUCUUUCGUUUUUCCCUUCCUCCUCCAGGGGUGAGCCGAAGACUUGGUAUGGCGUGCCGGCGUCUGCAGCGGAGAAGCUGGAGGCUGUCAUGAAAAAGUUGGCUCCGGAGCUUUUUGACUCCCAGCCUGACCUCCUCCAUCAACUGGUUACCAUCAUGAAUCCCAACGUCCUCAUGGAGCACGGUGUCCCUGUGUACAGGACCAAUCAGUGUGCAGGGGAGUUUGUGGUGACCUUCCCCAGGGCCUAUCACAGCGGCUUCAAUCAGGGCUACAACUUCGCAGAGGCCGUCAACUUCUGCACCGCUGACUGGUUACCCAUGGGUCGUCAGUGUGUUUCCCAUUACCGACGCCUCCACCGCUACUGCGUCUUCUCCCACGAGGAGCUGCUCUGCAAGAUGGCUGCUGAUCCAGAGAGUCUGGACGUGGAGCUGGCUGCCGCUGUCUGCAAGGAAAUAGGAGACAUGAUGGAGGAGGAGACUAAGCUCAGACAGGCUGUUCAGGCAAUGGGGAUUUUGUCUUCGGAGCAGGAGGUGUUUGAACUUCUCCCAGACGAUGAACGCCAGUGCUACAAGUGCAAGACGACGUGUUUCCUGUCUGCUCUGACCUGCCCCUGCAGCCCCGACAGACUGGUCUGUCUCACGCACGCAGCAGAUCUCUGUGACUGUGCCCUCGGCAACAAGUGUCUCCGGUAUCGCUAUGAUCUGGAGGAGUUUCCUGCCAUGCUGUACGGGGUCAAGACCCGGGCUCAGUCUUACGACACCUGGGCAAAGAGGGUCAGCGAUGGCUUGGUUGCCGACCAGAAAAACAAGAAAGAUCUUAUUGAGCUCAAGGUCUUGCUGGAGGAUGCAGAGGACAGGAAGUACCCCGAGAAAGCUUUGUUCCGUCGCCUGAGGGAGAUGGUCAAAGAGGCGGAGACGUGCUCCUCAGUCGCUCAGCUGCUGCUCAGCCGCAAGCAAAGGCACAGCAGCCGCCUGCGUUCUGAGAGCAGUCGUAAUCGUUCAAAACUGACGGUGGAUGAGCUCAAGGCCUUUGUGGAUCAGCUCUACAGGCUGCCCUGCAUCAUCAGCCAGGCCCGACAAGUCAAAGAGUUACUGGAGAACGUGGAGGACUUCCACGAGCGAGCCCAGGUGGCGCUGUCAGACGAGAUGCCCGAUUCCUCCAAGCUGCAGGCCCUGCUGGAUCUAGGCAGCGGUCUGGAUGUGGAGCUGCCGGAGCUGCCCCGACUCAAACAGGAGCUGCAACAGGCCCGCUGGCUGGAUGAGGUGCGCAUCACCCUGGCAGAGCCUCACCGCGUCACCCUGGAGCUGAUGAAGAGGCUGAUAGACUCGGGGGUCGGCCUGGCCCCCCACCACGCUGUGGAGAAGGCCAUGGCCGAGCUGCAGGAGAUCCUCACUGUCUCCGAGAGAUGGGAGGACAAGGCCCGCGGCUGCCUUCAGGCCAGGCCUCGACACAGCUUGGUGACCUUGGAGAGCAUUGUGCUGGAAGCUAGGAACAUCCCAGCGUACCUCCCUAACAUAUUGGCCCUCCGCGAGGCCCUACAGAAGGCCAAGGAGUGGACUUCUAAAGUGGAAGCCAUUCAGAGCGGCAGCAGCUUCGCCUACCUGGAGCAGCUGGAGAGCCUCCUGGCCCGGGGUCGUUCCAUCCCCGUCCGGCUCGACCCUCUGGGCCAGGUGGAGUCUCAGGUGGCCUCAGCUCGAGCCUGGAGGGAGAGGACGGCGCGCACCUUCCUCAAGAAGAACUCCACGUACACACUGCUCCAGGUCCUCAGUCCUCGCAUUGACAUCGGCAUCUAUGGCAACAGCAAGAGCAAGAGGAAACGCGUGAAGGAGCUGAUGGAGAAGGAGAGAGGAGGCUUCGACCCCGACGCCCUGAGCGACCUGGAGGAGAGCCUGGAGGAGGCGCGGGAGCCUUCCACCGUCGUAGCAGCCUUCAAAUCAAAGGAGCAUAAAGAGGUGGAGUCCAUCCACUCGCUCCGCGCCGCUAACUUAGCCAAAAUGGCCAUGGCCGACCGCAUCGAGGAGGUGAAGUUCUGCCUGUGCCGGAAGACGGCCAGCGGCUUCAUGCUGCAGUGCGAGCUCUGUAAGGACUGGUUCCACGGAGCCUGCGUGCCUCUGCCCAAAACGGGAACGCAGAAGAAGACGGGUGUGGGUUGGCAGAGCAACACCAAGGACUCCAAGUUCCUGUGUCCGCUGUGUCAGAGGUCGAGAAGGCCGAGGCUAGAGACUAUCCUGUCGCUGCUUGUGUCGCUGCAGAAGCUGCCGGUGCGUCUUCCAGAAGGAGAAGCCCUGCAGUGUUUGACAGAGAGGGCGAUGAGCUGGCAGGACCGAGCGCGUCAAUCUCUGGCCACGGACGAGCUGUCCUCAGCGCUGGCGAAGCUGUCUGUGCUGAGCCAGCGCAUGGUGGAGCAGGCUGCCCGGGAGAAAACGGAGAAGAUCAUCAACGCAGAGCUGCAGAAAGCUGCUGCCAACCCGGAUUUGCAGGUGGGGGGAAAGCGCCAAUUUUCUAAGAUUGACACAUGA